CACACUUUCAUUCAGAGGAGGAGGGCUCAUUCCUCCUUUUACGAGCCCGUUGAUCGUCGUUGCGCUCGUGCUCAUUCAUGUUGCAAGGAGUGUGCUGCCUCGGUGCUCACCUGCUGCACAAAAGGCUACGAUGAGCAUCAGCCGCGCUGUUAUCCGGCCACGCUGGUGCCAAGAAAACACUGAAUUACCUUUCAUUUGUGUCUCCCUGCAGUGCAGUCAAGUCACUUUCCGACAUCUGUCGGUGAAAUCAAAGUGCACGUGUGUCUUCGCGUGCCGAGGAUUCACGGCAGGUUUAAUGCGCUUUAGGAAUAUACGAACUUUCAGCGCGCUCGUUCUGAUGGAUUUUCUCACGAGCGCAUGAAAAUUGACGGGUCACAGGAUGUCACCAACAGUAAACAAGACCAACUUGACGGUGGAGAGCCGCGACGCCACGGUCCCGACUGAAGAAAACUGGCACGUCCUCUUCGGCGCGUGUCUUGCACUCACCGCCGUGAUCUGCGCCGGUGGCUUUUUCUCGCUUGUGUCUCUGCUCAGGACCAGGAGCAAGUCCGCCAUGUGCCUCAUCGUAGCCUCGCUGUCGGUGGAUGACCUUAUCUGUGUGGUGCCGCUUUGCCUUGCAAUGGUCCUGCAUUGGAGAAGAAACAAUGAGACGACGGAGGCUCGCGACGAAACUAUGUGCACUUUAUCCGGGCUCCUGUACGUUUUCCAAGGACUUUCGAGCAACAUAAAGGCGUGUCUCGUCGUGGCGUACGCGCUGUACGCGACCAAGCGCAUCGGAGCGCGCGAAGAGAGCAACGGAGAAGAAGGAAAUGGAAGACGCGGUCGCGUACUAUGCGCGCUCACGCUCGUGUGGGUGCUGAGUCUGGCGGUGAGUGUGCUCCCGUUGUGCGGCUGGGGCCGCUUUGCGCGCGCCUCCCUCGGCUGCCUGCCACACAGUGAUGACCUUUACGCGCCAUUCCUCUUCUCCCUGUACGCGCUGUGCGCUGGCGGACUGGCGGUGUGCGCCGCGCCUCUCGCGCACCGGCUCCUGUGCUCCGCCGAGGAACUCCAGCCCAGCGCCUUCACCUCACUGUCCCGGGAGAGUUUAGAUAUGAGUUUUAGUGGGUUCGGUUCCCAUGUAACAGGCCUGAGGAGUAAAAGCGAGACGUGUUCGUGCUCUUCGCCUGCCAGUGAGCUGCGCUUCGGAGACGACGGUGUGCGCCGUUGCCCUGCCAGACUCUUCGCGCAGAAACGCUUCUCUCUGAUUUUGGCAAUGGCUCGAGUGCUGCUGUGGAUGCCGAUGAUGACGCAGAUCCUGGUCAGCCACAUCAUUCGGGUGCACUCUUCGUCUGUGGAGACGCUGUGCUUCUUCCUGACCUUGCUCUCAGCCGCUGUCACCCCGGUGUUCUGUCUUUCAGAGCGCUGGAUUCAUCUUCCCUGCGGCUGUUUCAUCAACUGCGGUCAGGAUGUCGGUUCCGUCUCUUCGGCUAUGCAUAAAAGGAGGUUUGAAUUCAACCUCUCCUUUCAGCAAGGUUAUGGCAUUUACAAGAUACCUCACACAACCUCACCAUCUGUGGAGAAGCCAUGCUACAGCAGCCUGUAUGAUCACGAUUUUUCUAAAAGCCGAGUCGCGAUUCUAAGCAGCGGGCAGAUUACGAGUCUGGCCUCACGCGACUUCAAGAAGAUGGUGGUGGAAGAGGAGGAGGACUGCUCCCUCCACGGGAAGCUCCUCUUGGACAGUGCAUCACGGCAGGUGAGAACAGAAGCCCCAGAGCAGCUGAACUCAGUGGAGCAGGAUGCUUUUGGAAAGGUGUCUCCAGCUGUGUCGGGCUGUGACGGGGAGGACCUGAACCUCGACAAUUCUUCGGUUUUCGACGGUCCGGAGAGGAGGCUCUCACACGAGGAGUGUCGCAAGAUUGAGCUGACUGACUGGGAGUGGUGCAGGAGCAAAUCAGAGAGGACACCAAGACAGAGAUCUGCAGGUGGUUUGGCGAUCCCUCUUUGUGCCUUCCAGGGCACUGUGUCCCUCCAAGCCCCAACAGGCAAAACCCUUUCGCUCUCCACCUACGAGGUGAGCAGUGAUGGCCUCAGGAUCUCCCCCACCAAUGCCAAGAAAGUCGAGGUGUACCGCUCCAAAUCUGUGGGUCACGAGCCAAGCGCGGACGAGCCGAACUCCGGGUGCAGCGGUGGUGGAGGCGUAGCUGACACCAACGUCAAGAUCCAUCUGGAGGUUCUGGAGAUCUGUGACAACGAGGAGGCCAUGGACAGUGUUUCGAUUGUGUCUAACAUCAGCCAGUCAUCGACGCACGCACGUUCCCCGUCUCUGCGCUACUCUCGGCGCGAGAACCGCUUCGUAUCAUGUGAGCUAGGAGAGACAGCUUCAUACUCGCUGCUGAUCCCUGGGUCCAGCCCGGAUGCUGACGGUCUCAACAUACACAUCCCGGAUACGGUGGAGGCACACCGGCAGAACAGCCGGCGCCAGCGGAGUGAGGCUGGAGGCUACCAUGAGGAGAUCCAGCUUCUCAACGAGGUCUACAAGAAACAGGAGGGAGAACUGGACAACUAAUAUGAGCAGACAAUUAAAGACUUUUCCAAGUGCUGACUGAAACCGGUUUGAACGUCUUCAGUGAAGGACUAGUACUCGAGACGCAAAACACGAGAUGUUGGAGAAUAAGGAC